AUGACCCGCCGCGGGUGUGUGUCCCCCCCAUCGUUCACGGGCGGUCUUCCCGCAGCUGCGGCUGCUGCCCGCGGAGAAGAAGGUGGCGGCGGCGGCCCUGUGCUUGGGGACUACUACCGCGCCCCCGAUGUGAGCGGGGAUGAGAGCUCCGUCCUUGACGAUGAGAUUUUGAUGAUGACGGACGCGGAGAAGGAGGCCUUUGCAGAGAUGCAGAGCAAAUUAGAGGAGGCGUGCCUGUCGCACUUCUACCACCGCCAUUGCCGCUCCCCAUGCGAGGGCGCGGCUGCAGCGGCGGUCGUGAAGCGUGGCGAGGUCGAUCGCCUCAGCGCCGACUGCCCGCACCGCGACGGCGGCGGGGCGAGGAUUAGAGUAGACAGACCCCACACCGUGUCGAGUGCCCCCUGCAGUCCUCGCAGUGGCUCGUCAACCCCGACGGGCAUCCGCAGUCCGCCGGUGUACCCCGGCGCCCGGCGCCCCAGCGCGCGAGAGACGUGGUACAGGGCCCAACUGGGGGAGGAGUUCACGUUUCACCCGCAGAUCAACGCGACAGACGUGGCACCUCGCUACAUGGAGACCGCGGCACGGCGAUCGCGCGAGGUCGCCGUGAUGGCUGACGCGGCCGAGACAUCUAAUUUUAGACCGGUAACGAAUCGACUGCGUAGCUUGUCCGUGUCGGACCACCUGAGGCGCUACCUUCGCACGCCGGUCCACCUGCGGCUGGGCCGGCCGACGUCCGCGUCGUCGCAGCGAGAGGCGCAGCAACAACACCACCGACCAGCGGAGAAGCCGCGUGAGUGCGGUGGAGGGCAAAAGGGCGGAAACGAACGUGAGGUGUCCGAGGCGUUUCUGCGGCGCCUGGAGGAAACGAAUCACCGACGGGAGAAAAACCUUGAACGAAUUGCUUUGCUCCACAACACGGAGCUCACGUUCCGUCCAAGGCUGGCUCCUGGGACCCGCAGGAGACGUACCCCGUCGGCUGUGGCACCGCAAAUUCGUGGAGAGGCGGCGCAAGGCAAAGCGCUGGCGCAGCGGGCAAGUGGCGGCAGCUCGGGGGAUGACGCGACAGGGGGCAGUGCCCACGCCGCGUCGCUGCACCCGUCGCCGCUGAUCAACGUCCGGUCGCGAAGCAUGAAGCGGGGCUUGAAGGACCUCCGUCUAUUUGAGCUGCGAAGGCAACAGCGUCUAGAGCAGCUGCGCGCUGAGCGUGAGGCCACGGAGGGUGACGCGGUCUCCGGCAGGCCAGCUGUAAGCGGCGGCUCACGUAGACUCACAGGGGCCCUCUUUGGCGAUGACGUCACGCAUGAGGCUAUUCAACAAUACUUGCAGCGACACGCCUGCAAGCGUGCGGCCGCACUUCGCAUGGAAUACGAGGCGAGGAGGCGAGAAGAGGAGAGGCAUCUCACAUUUCAUCCCGAGGUGCAUCCAGUGCCACCGUAUGUGCAUGAACUUGCGCAAGAGCUUGCGUUGAAUAAAACAUUUGCAGUGAAGCCAUCGAGGCAGAAACCAGUUUUUCGUUUUUCUUAG